AUGGCUCCCUCACCUUAUUGCACUCAGUCCAAAACUGCUGCUAGUGCCCCUCCUUCUGAGGUGGCAGCAGCUCCCCCUCGUUGUCACCAGAUCAUGGUCUGGUUGCAACCUCCCCAUGUGGCCAAUCCCCUCGCUUCUCCAGUGGCUCUCUCGCCACUGGAGCCUCUUUUCUUGGGGAUGGAUGAUGACAUCAUUGUCCCCAGCCCCCUUCCCUCUCCUCUUCCAGCUCACCUUGAGCCCAAUCCCAUGGGGGAGGAUUACUCACCAGCCUCCCCCCCUGUUGACUUGUACAAGGUUGAUGUGACAUGCCCCCCACUGGACCUUACCACUCCAGAGUGCCAAGCUGCUUGGGAGGCUGAGUUGGCUAGAUCCCCAACUCCUCCUCCCACUGCUGAUGAGGUGAUCGAUGCAGUCCUGACUGCUUCCAGAGCUGGGACCCCAGUCUUCCGUCCAGAGGUCCAGCCUCUGACUCCUCCUCCUUGCUGGGUUGGGUGCCAAAUGCCACCCCCUCCUCCUCUGGAUUGGCAUCUCCCUUCUAACCAGGAGAUUGCUGGUUGGGCUGAGGGGUUCAUCAUGGCCAACCUCUUGACUCGAGUUGUGGAUGGGUACUAUCCCCACAACUGGGAUGUGCCUGCCAGUUCUCUACCAGCAAGACAUCUUCAGCAUUUGGUUAUGCUUUGCCUCAUGGAGGGUUGCAUGCUGUGGCCCAGUUGGCAAUGUCAUCAUUGCUUUAAUUUGGGUGUUCUUUGUUUUGCCUCUGCUUUCACCAAUCCAUUUGGUGAGCAAACUCAAAUCCCUCGUGUGAGGGUCACUGGUUCAUAUGGAAGGAGCACAGGUAUCGGAGAUCUAGUCGAUACCAGUGGAGAGCAUGGUCAUAGUGCAGUCUCCAUGGAGACCAUGGACUUCUAUGGACUCACAUGCAAAGGAGGACUGGGCCCAUAUGUGAGGAGGGCCAGGCACAGCCACAAGGAGGACCAAGCUCAAAGAAGCAUACAGAUGGUUACCACUCAGGGGCUCGAGAGACAAGAACCAAAGGAACCAUCACCAGUCAAAGGAGAAGGAGCAGUGUAUAGGGAACUGGCAAGCAGGUCCUGA